CCGCCCUUUCUUGUUCGCAUUUUAUAGUGUAAGAAACACAAAAACGUCGCCGUAAUUCACUACUCUAUUCCCACCUUCGACUGAAGACUACAACAAAAGAGAGAGCGAAGAAGCCGGAAAAUGUAUCCCAACUCCGGCCACAUUAACGGCUUCCACGACGGCGGCUCCUCCUCCGAGAAGCGGCCUGGAACCGUUCAGAAGGGUCGGCCCCGCCGGGGAAGAGGUAGCCGGUCAUCCAGUGGCGGCGGAAUGAGGGUUUCUGAAGACAAGCCGCCGACGCAAGUGGAGGGACCUCCUUGUACUGACUUCGACAUGGCCUACUUCCAAUCCUACUCCCACGUUGGUAUUCACGAAGAAAUGAUCAAGGAUAGCGUACGGACGGAAACUUAUAGGGCGGCAAUUAUGCAACAUCAGAGUUCUAUUGCUGGCAAAGUUGUAAUGGAUGUUGGCUGUGGCACUGGAAUUCUCUCCAUAUUUUGUGCUCAGGCUGGUGCAAGGCGGGUUUAUGCAGUUGAUGCAAGUGACAUAGCAGUGCAGGCCACAGAUGUUGUUAAGGCUAACAAUCUAUCGGAGACAAUCAUUGUAUUGCAUAGUAGAGUUGAGGAUGUUCAAAUUGAUGAGGGUGUGGAUGUUAUAAUUUCUGAGUGGAUGGGAUAUAUGCUUUUAUACGAGAGCAUGCUUGGGAGUAUAAUUUACGCUAGAGAUCGGUGGUUAAAACCUGGGGGCCUUAUACUACCAUCAAAUGCAACAUUGUACAUGGCACCUGUUACUCAUAGUGAUAGAUACAGUGCGAGCAUUGAUUUUUGGCGCAGUGUAUAUGGAAUUGAUAUGUCAGCAAUGUUGCCAUUAGCAAAACAGUGCGCAUUUGAAGAGCCAUCAAUUGAGACAAUAUCAGGAGAGAAUGUUUUGACAUGGCCGGAAGUGGUAAAGCAUGUAGACUGCUACACAGUUUCAAUUAGCGAACUUGAGUCUGUCACAAAAAGUUACAAGUUUAAGUCAAUGAUGCGAGCUCCCUUGCAUGGUUUUGCAUUCUGGUUUGAUGUGGAGUUUUAUGGGCCUGCUACCGCCAUGCAUGGUCUAAUUCCAUCAAAUUCUGAUGAUAAUCAAGUGAAUGAUGGUAGCCAGAGGAAGAAACGUGCAAAUCCUAAUGAAGCACUAGUACUGUCCACUGCACCUGAGGACCCUCCAACUCAUUGGCAACAGACCAUUGUCUACUUCUAUGACCCAUUAGAGGUUGAACAAGACCAAUUAAUUGAAGGCUCUGUUACUCUAUCACAAAGCAGAGAAAACCGUCGGUUCAUGAAUAUUCGCCUUGAAUAUGUUUCAGGUGGGCGGUCCUUUGUAAAAGAGUCGGUGAUGAGGUGAUUUAUAUAUUCUUUGCUUUAUUUCAUGAUGUGAAGUCUCAUUGACUCUUCUCAAGGCUUAACCUUCCUGAAACGGCAACUUUCCAAGAAACUGUAGGAACUACUAUUAAACUAACAUUUAUAGAAUUUGAAGCGUCUUGAAGCUGCUGGUCUGGUUGUUGAUUGCAUACCAGAAGCCUAAAAGACAGUUGACUCUUGAUCGUGUUUGUGCUUUGCAAUUGCUUGAUUGGCUUUCUUCUUCACAUCGUCUCUCCUUCGGGAAAGAUGUAGGCUGAGAUUGAUACAAGACUCCAUGAAGAAUUCUUUUAUUGUAAUGUAACUCUACUUUGAAAUUACAAGCAUAGGACUUAGCGUUUUCAAAUUCUCAGGGAUGACUAUGAUUCAAAUUUUCCAUUAUGUAAAAGUAGAAUAACCACCAUUACUUUUUUAAAUGCACAAGUUCAAUCUAGAAGUAUGAUGGCUUCCUUUUUCUCUAA